AUGAUAAUCGAACUGUCCGCGUUCAGUGAUAAACUGCGCCAGUAUCGGCUCAUACUGCAGAAGCUAACGUCCGACCAGCAGGACUACCAGCGGCGCAGGGAACGACUAAGCAAACUCAGCCAACGACGGCGUUCAUCGCGAAAGCCCGAUGUGGCAGAGUGUUACAUGUGUAACGCAAACGUAGAGCUCGAAAGCACGGACAGCUUCGCAACAUGUCGUGGUUGCGAAAGAUUGGUCUGCCGCGGAGAGAACUGCAGCCAGUGGGUGGAAUCGAUCGGCAUCUGGGAGUGCACCGGGUGUCAGUCGAACCGCGUCAUCCAGCAGAAGGCCGGCGAAUGGCUGCUGAACCAGUUGACCGCCCGGUUGAAACAGCCCGGCCCGGUAGAGCUGACGGAUGGCAACCUGCUCGGCCUCGGUUUGGACUCCGCAGAUGAUGCGCGCAGUACGGCCAGCUCGUCUAGCGUGUCAGCCAACCAGCGCAUCAAGGUGCGAGAAUUCAUCGAGGAGCUACUCUCCGGCAUGCUGCACGGCUCCCUGGACGAUGUGUCCGUUGGACAACUAUCCAAACACGAAAGCUAUAUUAGACUUUUUCGCAAGUUCCACACACGUUUGAGCAGGUGUCUGUACAAUCUUGAACUAUCGAUUCAUCACUCACUCACAGAUCUACCACUAUGGGAAGGUCAACAGCAGCAUCACAGCCCGAGCGAUCAGCACUUCGAGCUGAAGCAGCUCGUGCAGAAGAUCCUGGAGGAGAUCGGCAAACUGCCGGAGCUGCUGAACCAAAGUGGACUUCCGCUGCGCCCGGAAGAGCAUUUGCCGUACUUCGAUCCGCGGAAGUACGAGCAACUGUUGGCCACAGCGGUACUCAAUAAGGUGGUGGACGACUACCGGAAUCCGAAAAACUUCGCUAACGUCGGCGCUGGCGACGUGGCAGGUAAAUCGGGCGAACUUGGCAGUACGUUCGACAUUAACCACAACAAACUACCGGAAGGAGCUGCCGGGCAUCGCGGCUCGCUUAACGAAGAGUCCCUCAGGCAGAUGUCGGUAGUGGCCGACGAAAGCCAUCCGCACGAGGCCAUUCUGAACGGUGCCGCAACCGAUCGCCGGCUGUCCGACACUGACGAGUCCUACCUGAGUGACUACAUCCAGCGCCACAAGGUUCCGCUGCCCGAUCUGUCCGAUACGACCGGCUCGGGUUCGGGGGCCGAGGACGACGAUCUACAGUCGCUGAAGUCGAACGCCACCGAUGGUACGUGGGAAGAGAACUGGCUGUUCCGCAAACGUCAACUGAAAACCACGGAAUCCUCCAUCGCCAUGCUCGUCCCGUCGCCGACGGAAGAGGUGAAAGCGCUGAUUGGGGACAAAAAUGCCGACGAGAUUAGCGACCUGUCGGAGGCGGGCUCCGACUGUGAAGGAUACGAAUCGGAUGGUAACGUGAAGCUGCACGAUUCAAGCGACGGAAGACUGCCGCGGGCGGUGGGCGGUCCAACCAGUGGCAGCAGCAAAGACACGAGCGAAGGUAUAUCGUCCUCGUCGAGAGCGAACGAUUCGCUAGACGAACAGCUGGCUCCGGACAGUCUGGUUUCGAUCAACUCUCUGCCGGGUACGGAGGCCGUCCUUUCGGAAGCCAAAAACGAUCAGCUGUUGGAGGACCAGGUGACUCCGGUGGUCACAGGUGGGAACGGUGUCUUGGAACCACUGCUGGUUGACGAUCUAAUCAGCAUGGAGCCGAUCGCCGAGAAGGUGGAAACGAAGAACCCAGCCCUGACCAAUCCCUUCCUGGACGAUCCGUUCGAGGCGAACAACAACGUCAUAACGGACGAUGUAAAGCUACUGCAGCGCACCGAUUACAGACAAUCGACCAGCGACAACCAGCGUUCCUUUCUCGAACCCAGCAACAACGGUUCCAACAACCGAAAAGAAAUCCCAAUAGAUCGAGCACAAAAAGAACCGGCAAAUGGGUCCAUCACUACUACCCAGGAAGAAACCCAAGGGCCCGAGGAGCCUUGCGACGAGCAUGAUGAGCCGGAUACGUUGAUACCAGGAUCGAUCGCCGAGCGGGAGCACCUUAAGUGGCGCAACGCGAAACCGAUCGCCAACAAUCCCUACUCACCGGAUGCACUACAGCGCCGCCUGUCGGAGAAAACCCGGCCCUCCAGCAUGAUCGAGAUCGAUCGGUUGGUGCGCAAGGAAGCUCCAUCGGACGCCAUCAUCUGCGAUGACGAUCCUCCCGGCGGGCCGCCGGUUGGUGACUUACCGACCAAACACGAGGCCAGCGCCCCGCAACCGGUGAAUGGGAGUGCCUUAUCGGAAAAGAAGAAGAUCGGCCGCGAGUAUUACAUCAACGAUCCGGAGCGUCUGCGAAUGGGCGGUGGCGGAACGGUCAAGCAAACGCUCGGCCUCGUGCAGCCCGGUCCGGCGCACAGUACCGAUGACGAGAAAUCCCUCCUGCUUGGGCGCAGCCUCGACGAAGCAGCACCCAGCAAAACGGAUAGCUCCUUCCUCCAGGACACAGCUCCAGAUGCAGGCCAACACCAGAAAAGUCCCAAAGCAAACUACCUCAGCGCGGUGGCGCGUGAAAUGUUUCUGCUACCACUAGAGCCGGAAUCGGAAAUGAGGUCCCUGGUGAGCACGUCAUCCGAGCAGAGCGUCACCUCGCCCCGGCAGGACUUCGACAGCCUCACGUACAGCGAAGACUCGGACGUGACGCGCAUCUACGAUCUGACGACGGGCGAGGCCAAAGUAAUCCGCUCCGGAGUCGUACAGGCACUCCCGCGGGACCCGGCCCCCCCAGAACCGGAGGGUGGCGAAGAGGGCGAUACCAUUCUUAGGAUACUGCCUCAACAGCAACCGGCCGCUAGUCAAAACGAACCGAACACCCAGUCCCAAACGAUCACGCCACCACCACAAGAGCCUCCGCAGGAAGAGAGAACGUUCCUUCGGCCGGUCCAGGUGGUGGUGAAACCCCUGUCACCGGAAACGAUCAAAUUCUUCGCCCCCAAGCGGAAGCUCAGCUUCACCGGUAGCAACAACAACCUGACGGCGAGUGCAACGGAGAAUGCACCGAACGCGAUGCACUCGUCACUGCACCUCGAAUUUCCCGCCUCACGCACGCCGUGCGGAAGUGAGUUCUCGAUCAUCGAAAAGGACGUGAUCGACGUGCUGCCGUCGGUGAAGGAACUGGCAAAGUGCUACAGCGGAAGUACGAGCGAUGUCUCGUCGUUGCCGCCCAAACCACUGUACAAGCCUCGAGUCAAACUUAGAAAGGAUUUUCUGCGCCAGUCUUCGGACAUGCUGAGCGAAGAGACGGUCACGAUCGACGAGAAAACGGGUAUGCCGUGCACGAAAGGCCAGCGACAGUACUGCAGCACCAGCAGCAUAGCGGUGCGGGACGAGAUCCGCGAGAUCCGGAAGAUCAACCUGGAAGCGUACCGGCAGUCGACCUACUACCCGAUGGCGCCCGGCCACAGCAUAACGGCCCGCAGCCUCUCGAAGCAGAUCCGUGAGCAUAAGACUAACGUUACCGACGACCACAAGGUGGGCCAGCAGGAGGAGGUGGUGGUGGAAUCGACCGGUAACGAUGGUGACAAUGGCCACACAUCGCCGGAGCGGCCCAGCAGUCCCGUUCUUCUGCCGGGCCAUCUCAAGAGUAGUAUUGAGUUUUUCGAGAGCCUCAGGAACAACCCGUGAACCCGUGAUGGGGAACCCGUGCCCGCGUACCGGCAGGUGCAGGAUAAAAGAGGGAAAGCAAAAGAGAUUGCGAGAAGAAGUCGUUGUGCCAUUUUAGUGUGAAGUGUGUGUCCCGAUUGCAACCAAAUUGCAGGCAUCAUUCAUAGUCAUUGCCUUCAAACCACUUUCCACCCAGUGACCCCCCCAGCAAACGGAUUAACUUAUUUUUUCAACAUCGCUUAAGGUUUGGCGUCAUUCUUUCUACACGCGCCGACGAGAACACUCAUUUAUAGUCCACCGGCCAGCCGUCUUAUGGUUUGCCUGCCUCAUUAUGCUUUACGUUUCUUCAUCCCUUUUUUUAUUUCGCUUCGUAGAAAUGCUUUGUAGUUUUCAUUCAGUGAUUCCGGUCACUCCUACUAUUGAGAAAUAAAGAAGAAAU